UGGGUAAGUGGUUUGGGAAACUUUGUCAUGAUAAAAUGUAAAUGAAGAGUCUUUAUUUGGACUGAUGGUUUGAUAAGUUGGGAUCAAACACGUUCUUGAGUUCCAAACCAAGCAAAUCCUCCUGUAGCAGGAAGAUUCUGGGAUCCUGUCCUCCACUCUGGUGUAAAGACACAGCUCUAGAUUUUAAUUGGUCUUUUAUGCAUUUAAUGUGGUUUCCUCAGUCGUUUUUUUUUUAUUUAAUGUUCUUAUUUUCUUUGUCAGGCUGCAAAGUUUUAAGUAUUUAAGUUUGUUUUUAUUUAUACCAGCAUCAACAAGAUUGAAAACUAAAAUGGUGAAAGGUUAAUUGCACAUUAUGUAAAGAGAGGGGUUGAAACAUAUUGAGUUGAUUAAAUUGUCAAACCCACUGUUCUGAGGUGAACAGCUCUGUUUAAAUAGAUCAUUAGGCAGUGCAAUCACACUGUAAAUGUUGACUGCCUCUUAGAUAAGAAGUGACUAAUAACCCUUAGCCAUGUUAGAUAUAGCAGCCAUAAUCUGAGUGUAACCUACCUGCACACCAUAAAAGACUGAGUCUGAAUCAAAAGCAAAUAUUAGGGAAAAAAAAGAAAUCAGAAAAAACCUUUUGUUGCACUGUUUGUGAGUUUUGAAUGUAUGUUUGGUGCUGAAUUGUAACCUCUCAUGUUUGCUGUUAAAGGCUAAAACCCUGGCUUGUGUCUCUCUCACACACACACACACACAUGCACGCGCACACACUGCCAGUUGUGUCAGGGCAAGUUUGCAGUGACUGUGCAUUUUUACCUCUUACACAACUCUUCACCUCUGUCCACUUUCAACUUGAGUAUUUGAGUGUUUGUGUGUGGAAGCAUUGCUUAAGACCUGCACAGCGCUCACUCAUUCAUGACAUACAGGAACUGAAAACAGGACACAAUGGUAAUCCUCCUGUGUUUCGCCUUUUCACUGCUGCUGGCAGUCGUCCAGUCUAACUCCAUCAAGAACUGCCACCCUGGUUGCCACUGUGAGGUGGAAAGCUUUGGUCUGUUUGACAGCUUCAGCCUGACCAGAGUGGACUGUCGAGGACUGGGACCAAGCACCACCAUGCCAAUCCUCAUCCCCUUGGACACUGCCCAACUGGACCUGUCCUCCAAUGCCAUGGGUCCACUCACUGACACCAUGUUGGCUGGUCCAGGCUACACUACCCUUGUUGGCUUAGACCUAAGCAACAACCAAGUAACAAAGAUGAGCCCCAAUGCUUUGUCCAAGCUGCGCUACUUGGAGACUCUGGAUCUGAGCCACAACAAGCUGGAGAGCCUCCCUCCAAGCUGCUUCUCUGGUCUCCCUCUGGUUGAAGUCGACCUCAGCCACAACAGCUUCCAGGAGUUUGACUUGGAGGUGUUUUCUACUAAAGUCAACAGUGAGCCUGUCAGCGUGGAUCUGUCUCAUAAUAACCUUGUGUCAGUCUCCAUGAAUUUACGUGGUCGAGUCUCACACAUUCAAACCUUAACUCUGUCGGCAAACCUGCUGUCGAGUGUACCGCAUCUGCCAGGACUUCCACUGAGGUACCUCAGUCUGGAUGGUAACCCUAUCGUAGAGAUUAAGGAGGGAGCCUUUGCUCCACUCAAAGAUCUGGUUUAUUUGUCCAUCAGCAGCCUCCACGAGCUUCAAGAAAUUAAGCCUUUCAGCUUCAGAGAUCUUGGGAACCUCCAAGUUCUGGAUCUCUCCAACAACCACAAGCUGAAAGCUCUGGACCCGGCUGUUUUCAGCGGCCUGAACUCCCUGCAAGAGCUGAAUUUGUCAAACUCUGGUGUGGUGUCCUUGCCAAAUAACAUGCUGACCCACUUGCCCAGUAUUAAAAGUGUCACACUGGGGCAAAAUAUCCACUGCUGGAAGACCCAGAAACAGGGGCAGUUCCACAGGCAGCUGGGUCAGGUCGAACACAACCAAGUUCUUAACUGUAAUGCAGAGGGCAUUGUGUUGUAAGACCUCACGUUGACCACUUUUUUAAAAGAAAAAAUAUUAAUGCCAGAGCUGUGCCUUAUGUGCUUUGAUAUGCAGUCACACAGUCACCUCUGUCUCAAGGCAAAACUUCAGAAUAUGUCUUAAAGGUUUAGGGGGCCAUACAAAGGAGCACGAGAAUCCACAAACGUGUUUGUGUCUCAUAUCUGCUUUUUUUCCACCUGAAGUCUGAAAGCGCUAUAUUUGGAAAACAGGUCCCAGAGUGACAAAAUCUUACAAUGCCAUCCUUGCAUAUUUGUGUGUACAGCUAAAACACAACAUUUGGGGCAAUGAUUAUGACAUAGCACCAACUCUGUCUAACUCAUAACUACGCGAGAUGCUGCAUCAUCUUUGUCGUCGCUGUCCUCCUCAACUGUGUUUAGAGCUUGUACAGAGUGUGUGAGCUUCAUGCCUUCUCUGAUUUUUGUGGUAUUUCUGUGGCAGCAUUAGAGCGCCACAUUGGGGCCUGGCACAUAUACUACAGCGUUUAGCGUUGUCUUGGUGGGCUUCAUGUGUAUAUGUAAGACAUUUUUUGAAACAAUGCCGUGAUUAAGCAAAACCUUUUUAAGAGAUUGUAUAGGGAAAGUUCUGUUUUUAUGGCUUCAUGACUCAAGUACCACUGUGUCCUAAUGUACAGAACAUGUACAGAACCAUUCUCUCACACCUUAAUAUACAGUACAAUGUUAACUGGUGGUAAAACGUUCAUAAAUCCAAAACUUUAAGGAUUCUAUUUAAAGUGGGUCCAUAUCAAGCAUCUUUGCACUUAAUUCAAUUACAACUGCAUUUCAUUAAGUAAUGCACUCGCACGUUAACAGAAUAUCAUCCAGCAUAAUACAUUACAUAUACAUGUUUUUUUGACCACUAAGAAUUUUUCAUUUGACUUUGAAUGUGAGAAUUUAUCAUAGGAAAUAUAUGUGUAAUGCACAUAGCUUUUGCUUGAACGUUCAAUGAGAAGUUUGAUAUGCUUUGACCUAGCUUUGCACAAAUAAGACAUAAAGCAGCGUCAAACGGCGGCCUGAGCUCCACCUGAAGAGUUCAGCUUUGGUAAUGGAAGCUGCUUUUCUGCCAGAUUCCAGUCUUUAUGAUAAGCUAACUGGUUGUAUCAAUCUUCUGAUUUAACGCUUGGUAAAAUCAAAAUUCAGCACACCAGCCACAAAAUGAUUUUAUUAUUACUUGAAUUUAUAUGGACUAUAUCUCAACAAUAGAACACUAAGUUUGGUGUGCAGCCUUUGCAAAUUAUGCACGUACAGCCUUUCCAUGUGGUGCCUGCUGACGUGUUACCCUCGUGUCACUGACAUGACACAAACUCCUGAACAAAUUGUGUUCAUUUUAAUUUGAACAUCUGCCAAACCAGUUGUUAAACAGUCGUUGACAAUGUUUAUUCAAUGGUUUAUGAAGUAAGGCUGGUAUCUGUUGAUGUUCAAACACUUACUGGAGCAUUCCUGUGGUGUCUCUAAGAAGACUGCAUGUUUGGGUCACCUGGUUAAUUGAAAGCCGGUUGAGCGCAGUCUUGGUGUGGGAGUUUAUAUUUGUAUGUAUUGUAUGUAUCUAUAAUGUAUAUAACUUUUAUAUAUACUAUAUGAAUCCUAUGUGUAAUGAAUAAAUAUUCUUAGGACCUCUGCUUGAA